AUGACAAGAUCAAAACCAUUUAGUGGGAAACAAAAAAAAGCACAAUUACAGGCAAAGAAAGAUAGAAAGAGAAUAGAGGAUUCAAUAGAGAUUGAAAAGGAUGGAAAUAUAUCAUUGUGUGACAAGAGAAAGCUUGCUCAAAAGAUAUUAGAGAGAAGAGCAGGUGGUUUAGCUGCAGGAGGAUCUUCAACAUCAACAUCAACCACUUCAGUAACAACUACACCAAAAACCAAAGUAUUAAGAACAAGAACAAGUAAAACAGCAACUAGUGAUGAUUCAAGAGAGAUCAAUCAUCAUCAUCAUACAAGUGUAUUAAAGAAAUCAACCACCUCUGAUGAAGAUGAAGACGAUGAAGAUGAAGAUGAAGAUGAAGAUGAUGAGGACGAUGAUGAAGAUGAAGAUGAAGAUGAAGAUGAUGAAUAUGAUGAAUCAGAGGAAGAUUAUGAAUCAGAACAAUUGGAAGAAUCAAAAAGAAUAACAUAUAAAAAUAUAGAUAUAUUAUCACAACAAUUAAAAGAAAGAGAUAUGAUACAUAAUAAUAGUAAAACAAAACAAAGAACAAGAAAUAAUUUGGUGACAAUCUUUGAAAAAGAAUCAAGAGAUGAUAUUCAAAAACGAAAGGAUAUUGGAAAGUUGCCAUUGGAUACAAAGUUUCGUGAACGUCCUUGGGAGAUUCUCGAUGAACAUCGAUUCGACGACAAGGCAGAAGAUAGCGGCAACUAUAUUGAUAUACCUAAACGUCCGCUAUGGGAUUUUACAAUGGGCAAGGAAGAGGAAAAGAGACAAGAACAAAUCAUGUUUAAAAGAUGGUUGGAUGGUAUCGCUGCCAAAUACGAUACGUCUAGAUUAAACUAUUUCGAACAUAAUCUAGAAGUGUGGCGUCAAUUGUGGAGAGUAUGUGAACGUUCAGAUAUCAUUCUUUUGGUCACCGAUGCUCGUUAUCCCUUGUUUCAUUUCCCACCUGCACUCUAUCACUAUAUCAAAUAUGAACUUAAAAAACCAAUGCUUAUGGUUUUAAACAAGGUCGACUUGGUCGACAAACGUAUUGUCGAUGCUUGGAUACACUAUUUCAACACCAAUUAUAGUUGGGUCAAAGUCAUCUGUUUCUCUUCGUUCAGACCUCUCGACAAUGCUCAUCAAGACGACAUGGACAUUUCAAAGAGACGAAAAUUCAAACGAGGAAGAAAAAAUUAUGGUUUGGCUGGUGGAAAGAAACAAUUGGUUGAUGCUAUCCUUUCAUUUGAAAAAGAUGAUAAAGAAGAAGAUAAACCAAAAGAAAAUUGUAUAACAAUUGGAACAGUUGGGCAUCCAAAUGUUGGUAAAUCAUCAUUAAUUAAUGGGUUAAUGGGUAAAAAGGUAGUUUCAACAUCUAGAACACCAGGACAUACCAAACAUUUCCAAACCAUCUUUUUAACAAAGGGAAUUGUAUUGUGUGAUUGUCCGGGUUUGGUUUUCCCAGCUUUGGAUAGACCCAAAUCGUUACAAGUGUUGUGUGGGUUGUAUCCAAUCGCUCAAGUACGUGAACCAUACUCUGCUAUUAGGUAUUUGGCAGAUCGUGUUCCCAUUGAGAAGGUUUAUGGUCUUCAACACCCAGAUAUCGAGGAUGAGCCGGGUAAACCACCCGGUCCAUGGUCUCCUUACGCCAUUUGUCAGGCACUUGCUAGAAAACGUGGUUAUUUUGUUGCCAAGAGUGGUAGAGAGGAUGUACAUCGCGCUGGGUUGGAGUUGCUUAGAGACUGCGUCGAUGGCAAUAUUGUUAUUUCAUGGCCACCACCCGAUUUUACAAAGGAAAAAUAUCAGGAAAUCAUGUCGGUCAAACAUACUGAUUAUCUUCAACAAGAACGUGACAAGGAGAGAGGAGGACCAGAGGUUAAUCUCCACAUAGAGAGAGUUGAAAAGACAAGAAGUGAAAGAAAAGAAGACAAGAAAACAAAAAGAAACAAACAAUUGGCAUCUGCACUAGCCAACCACGAUUCAGAUUAUGAAGGUGAGAUGUUGUCUUCAGAUGAAAGUGAAGAUGACUAUAGAAAGAAAAAAGGGUCAUCCCAUCAAUCAAAACAACAAAACAACAAAAAAUCAAUUCUCAAACAAUCACCUCCAUCACCUCCACCAUCAGGUGUCUCUACAGCUGUCAAAGAUUUGGUAGAAUUGAAUGGUGUUAUUCAACCAUCGUCAACGAGCGAUGAAUUUCUACUGAUUGGAGGUAAUAUUACUGAUGUUGGUGAAUCUUAUAUUCCAAUCAUUUGGUCCUAUGUAGUCGUACAUAUAAAGUUUCCACAAUUUGAUUACCAAUGGGAUGAUCAAGUCGCAUCAUAUGAUUCAAUUAACAAUAUAGUUUACCUGAACGCCGAAUUAAAUGGAGAUUCUGUAUUGCUCAAAUUUGAUUUUAAUCAACAAAAAGAAGAUGUAAUAACUUUACCAGUUACAAGUAACGGAUUAUUCAUUCAAUCAUCGUACAAUGAAACAACAAAUACAUGUUAUAUGGGGGGACCAAACCAAGUAGCAAAUCAAUACGGACAGAUGGUAUUUGUCAUAUAUAACUCAGUGACUGGAGAUAUGACAUCAAAGAUCAUUACAUUUGAUGUUCCCAAUAUUUGCUACUACUCAACCGAGAUGUAUCAAUUUAACUCCAAGUUUUAUGCUGGACUAAAUGCCAGAGGUUCGCCGUAUAAUUGUCCAUCAUACAUCUUUGAAGUGGAUAUUGUUGGAAACAAUUCGAAAUUACUAGCCACCAUCCCAAACGGUGACUAUGUUGAAAUCAAUGAUUAUACAAAGCUCGAAAUAUGUUUGGUCAAUCUCAAUACCUAUGAAGUUGACCUGUAUGCUAUACCUAAUGCACUUGUUGAUGAAAUAGGCAGAGAAGUAUUUAAUGACUCUAUCCUAAUUUUAAUAAACCGGGAAUCUAGAUUUAUCGAAAACGAAUAUCAAACUAUGAUUGCACCGAGUUAUCAGCUGCAUACCAAAUCAUUGACCAAUUUAUCAAAUCCAUCAAAGGGUAUGAAGGGUUCAUCCUGUGUGACCGCCGUAUCUGGUGGAGUCCAAAGUGAAAACACUAUUGCCAGAAGGGGAAGAGGUAGAAGAGGUAAAAGAGGUGGUGGUCAUGGUGGAGGUGGAGGAGAGGAAAUGUUGAUAUCGAUAUCGAUAUUGACAUUGACAUUGAUAUUGACUUUGAUUAAAUGGUUAAUAGUCUACUAUCAUAUCCUCUCUUCUAGAAAUCCCCAAACCACCCAUUUUGAUGGCUCUAGCUUUUACUAUCUAUUCAAAAUCAUUUUCCAUAACCAUAAAAAAAAAUAA